AUGCUUCCUACCAUUUUCCUAGGCCUUUUUGGCAUUGCUACUGCUGAUAUUAAUGCGCCUCUACCAUACCCUAUCUCGGAUCUGCAAAUCUACGAACAGGCCAAAAUUGCCAAUGGGGACUUUGACGUCGACGAACAGCUUUCUGCAAACAUCGCUACUGGCAGUCCUGAAAAGCUAAACGCCAGAAACAAAAGCCCCCCACCACUUUGCAACCAAAACAUCGGCAAUCCCUGGACUCCAACAGAUGUUCUAUACAUCAAUAAUGGGAUCACCUACUUACGCGGCAAGGGUUCCUGUGGCGUCAAUCCUCGUUCUUGUGCCCGUAUCUCCUGCUCCUAUCAAGCUGCCAUUUUCCUGUGCAACGAUCGUAACGACUUCAUUGCACCAUCCUGCGCAUACCUUGCAAGUUAUGCCCAAGAUAUCGUCAAUAGAUGCCAGUUCUUUUCAUCAUUCAAGAAGUGGCAAGUUGCUGGACAGGAAUUCGAUACUGACAAUUACAACGUCGUCGUUCGAGCCGCUGCUUGUUAA